UUAAAAAACGCACACCGACUCUGAAGCGAAAAGGUCGGUCCACAGACGGCGAUAGUAGCCCACCUGCCAGCGAGACAGUGCAAUCAGCUUGUAGUAGCCGUAGCGUUGCAAACGAAACCGCGAACGAAAUGAGUCUCCUGGAGGCCAGUGUACUGAUUAACGACGACAGUGGCGAGGUGCGUGAGAACGAGCUGUUGCUGGAAGAGGACGACGAAAACGAUGUGACGAAGGAUCUGAACUUUAGCCGCAUGUCACCGUCGCUGUUCCCGGUUUCACCGAAAAAACCGUGUCCAACAGGUGAUGAUGGCGUGAAUGUUACUGCUACACCACUUCCGAGUCCUUCCCGACCUGAUCUAUUGGCGGAAAAGCUAGGAGCAAACUCUGUCCCCAGUGCCGUCAGUGAGUUUUAUAACAGGGCAUCUCCCGAGCCAUCGGCUGGCGACAUUUCGACAUGGGCUACUUCUUUCGAAAUGACGACUCCUGCUAUAGCCAAAGGACCUGGUUGUUGCACGGCACCGGGACAGGAUUGUCGGACGCAUCGGCAAACGAUAGCCUUCGCUAUCCAGGAGCUUAAUGCGAUGACGGACGAAAUGCUGCAGUUCAUCCAGGGUUUCGAAACAAAGCACCCGUCGUGCAAGGAUCCAAGCAAGUUGUGAACUUCAGGGACGCUGAUUAGCGCUUCGAAUCAGU